CUGAUGCAAUGUGCUGGUGAGAUUUGUGGUCUAUGCCACGACUUAUUAUUUAGCUGUUAUAAAUUUAUAGACCAUUUUAAUUUGGCUGAUCUGAUUUUGCUUGUGUAGAACAAUUCUUCUAUUGGAGAUAUCUUUCUAGUCGUGUUUCAGUUUUCAUCCUUCUUUUAAUUAUCAACAUGUUGAUGUUUUGUCCGACCGAUGGAAAUAUUUUAGUUGCAGAAGAGGGCUUAGACGGCUUCCGCUUUGUGUGCAGCACUUGUCCAUACGUUUAUAAGAUUAAAAGAAGGAUGAGUAGUCGAAUCUAUCCUAAACUGAAAGAAGUGGAUGAUGUUUUGGGCGGGGCUGCUGCUUGGGAAAAUGUGGACACAACCGAGGAACCUUGCCCCAAAUGUGCCCAUGGGAAAGCAUACUUCUUGCAGAUACAGACCAGAUCUGCAGAUGAACCUAUGACUACUUUCUACAAAUGUGUCGAAUGUGCCCAUCGUUGGAAAGAAUAAAAGUGUGAUUUAAUGCUCGUUUAAUAAAUUGUGCUCAAUGUGAUAUUGUAUAUUAUUUGAAAAUAAAAAUAUAUGAAUAUAA